UUUUUGCAUCAAAACCUAGCAUCCAUGGUCAUGGCUAGUUUCACUUCACAAAUUUCAUUAGCUUUGUUGAUGUUGUUAUUUGCAGUGACAUUCGAUAAAAGCAAUUGUUGCAAUGACAAGGAUCGAAUUUUACUGUUAAUCUUCAAACAAGGGGUCAUGGAUCCUUCCAAUCUCCUAUCUUCAUGGUCCACUAAACAAGAUUGCUGUCAAUGGCUAGGAGUUGAGUGUGAUCGCAACACAAGCAGAGUCAAAACCCUUGUUCUGCCACCGCCAGACGGAAAUCUAAAUGGUUCAGAAUUCUUGAGAGGGGACAAAUUCCAUUGGGGACACAACUUUAAAGCUUUGAAGCUUGGAGCUACGCUGGUAAUCCUGAACUUUGUGGAGCUCCUCUUCAAAAUAACUGCACAAUACAAGAAAAUCCAAACAAUACGAAGCAAGUUGAAGAAAACGAUGAUGACACUUUUUUGAAGUCGUUGUAUCUUGGAAUCGGACUUGGAUUUGCUGUAGGUUUCUGGAUAGUCUGUGGCUCUGUGCUCCUCAUUGGAAAAUGGAGGCAUGCUUAUUUUCGUUUCUUUACUGGCUUGGUUGAUCGAAUCUAUGUUACUAUGGCUAUAAAGCUUCGAAGACUUCGCUAAAUUGGGAAUAAGUUCCAGGUAAGGCCAGAUACACAGCACUUUUUUAUUUAAAUUCAAGGUUUUCUUUUUAUAAUAUUUCUUGUUUCUAAGAAGAAUUGUCAUUAUUGUGUCGAUUUCCUUCCAUUUGUUGCUUGAUAAAUCAAGUGCAAAACAAUUUAUAUAAUGCUAUGAUCAGUUAGAGUAUUCGGCCCAAAAAAGUAUGCGAAGAUGAGUAUAAUUUUAACGAAAUGAAACAAGGAUC